UGCGUCCCAGGCCUCUGUGGGGGCGGAGCUUUCUGACUGCGUCCCAGGCCUCUGUGGGGGCGGAGCUUUCUGACUGCGUCCCAGGCCUCUGUGGGGGCGGAGCUUUCUGACUGCGCCCCGGGCCUCUGUGGGGGCGGAGCUUUCAUGGUUGCUCAGACUGUUCCCUCUGGACUGACUGUUCUCCGGUCUGGACCACGCCACACAUAACCAUGUCAGCCGACAGCAGCUCUCCUCCUCCGCCGCCGCCGGCCUCCCCGCGGUUCUUCCCGGCCGCGGCCCCGCCCACCCCGUCGCCGUCGCCCAGCCCCCCCGCCACGCUGUGCGGCCGGCUGUCGGACGGCAGCCAGACGGCGCCCAGCCCCACCAACUCCAGGAGCUCCAUCCAGGGGGUGUCGUUCCUGCUGCAGAUCGGACUCACCAGGGAGGCCGUGACCCUUGACCCCGCCGACCUGUCGCUGUCCGCCGUCAGGGAGCUGGUCUGCUCCAUCGUCGACCAUAAGUUUCCUGAAUGUGGAUUUUUCGGCAUGUACGACAAAAUCCUGCUCUUCCGUCACGACCUGAGCUCGGACAACAUCCUUCAGCGUGUGACGUGUCCGGAGGAGAUCCACGAAGGCGACCUGGUGGAGGUGGUUCUGUCCGCUCUGGCCACCGCUGAGGACUUCCAGAUCCGACCUCAUACCCUGUACGUCCACUCCUACAAAGCCCCGGCCUUCUGCGACGACUGUGGGGAGAUGCUGUGGGGGCUCGUCCGACAGGGACUCAAAUGUGACGGAUGUGGACUCAACUACCACAAACGCUGUGCGUUCAAGAUCCCCAACAACUGCAGCGGGGUGAGGAAGAGGCGUCUGUCCAGCGUGUCGCUGUCGGGCGCCGUCAUGUCCGUCGCACGACCGCCUUCGACCGAGUUCACGCCGGCGCCACAAGAGGAGGUGGGUCCGAACUCAAAACACUGCCCCCUGCUGGGAGCCGGGAAGCGGAACUCCCUGCUGAGCGGUCGUCCCAUCUGGAUGGAGAAGAUGGUCCUGGGUCGGGUCAAAGUCCCCCACACCUUCUCGGUCCACACCUACACCCGCCCCACCAUCUGCCAGUACUGCAAACGCCUGCUCAAGGGCCUCUUCCGACAGGGGAUGCAGUGCAAAGAUUGUAAAUUUAACUGCCAUAAGAAAUGUGCCGCCAAAGUUCCACGAGACUGUCUGGGUGAGGUGGACUUUAACGGAGAACCGGCCAGUCCCGUCCUGGACUCCGAGGCGACCAUGGAGGUGGACAACUGUGACGUCAACAGCGACAGCGGUCACAGUAUGGACGAACAGGACGAACCCACCACGCCCGAGGAGAAACUGUUUUACAUCGACCAGGGAAACGACAGCGAGAAGGACGAACAGACGCCGAGAGCCAUCAGUCCGUCCACCAGCAGUAACAUCCCUCUGAUGCGAGUGGUUCAGUCCAUCAAACACACCAAGAGGAAAAGCUCCACAGCCGUGAAAGAGGGAUGGAUGGUCCACUACACCAGCAGAGACAACCUGAGGAAGCGACAUUACUGGAGGCUGGACAGUAAGAGUCUGACGAUGUUCCAGAAUGAAAGUGGAGCCAAGUUUUACAAGGAACUCCCCCUGUCGGAGAUCCUGCAGGUGGAGCCGGCCCAGGACUUCAGCGGCCUCCCCCAGGGCAGUAACCCCCACUGCUUCGAGCUCAUCACCUCCAGGGUGGUGUACUAUGUGGGCGAGGACGGGGGGGGUCCGGUCCACAACCCGGUCCUGGCCACGUCCGGGGUGGGCCGCGAUGUGGCCCACAGCUGGGAGAAGGCCAUCCGCCAGGCCAUGAUGCCCGUCACCCCCAAGGCCAGCGUAGGGACCGGACCAGGACACGCCAAGGAGCACAAGGAGCUGUGUGUCAGCAUAUCAGUGUCCAACUCACAGAUCCAGGAAAACGUGGAUAUCAGUUCAGUUUAUCAGAUCUUCGCCGAUGAGGUCCUCGGUUCCGGACAGUUCGGGAUUGUCUACGGAGGUAAACACAGGAAAACCGGCCGCGACGUGGCCAUUAAAAUCAUCGAUAAAAUGAGGUUUCCCACCAAACAGGAGAGUCAGCUGAGGAACGAGGUGGCCAUUCUACAGAACCUGCACCAUCCAGGCAUCGUGAACCUGGAGUGCAUGUUCGAGACUCCGGAGCAGGUCUUCGUCGUCAUGGAGAAGCUCCACGGCGACAUGUUGGAGAUGAUUUUAUCCAGCGAGAAGAGCCGGUUACCUGAACGCCUCACCAAGUUUCUGGUCACGCAGAUCCUCGUAGCGCUCAGACACCUCCACUUUAAGAACAUCGUCCACUGUGACCUGAAGCCGGAGAACGUCCUCCUGGCCUCGGCAGAACCGUUUCCUCAGGUGAAACUCUGCGACUUCGGCUUCGCUCGUAUCAUCGGUGAGAAGUCGUUCCGUCGCUCGGUGGUCGGGACGCCGGCGUAUCUGGCGCCCGAGGUCCUGCGCAGUAAAGGCUACAACCGCUCUCUGGACAUGUGGUCGGUGGGCGUCAUCGUCUACGUCAGCCUGAGCGGGACGUUCCCCUUCAACGAGGACGAGGACAUCAACGACCAGAUCCAGAACGCCGCCUUCAUGUACCCGCCCAACCCCUGGAAGGAGAUCUCAGAGGAGGCCACAGAUCUGAUCAAUAACCUGCUGCAGGUGAAGAUGAGGAAGCGCUACAGUGUGGACAAGUCCCUGAGUCACCCCUGGCUGCAGGACUACCACACCUGGCUGGACCUCCGUGAGUUCGAGACGCGUCGAGGCGAGCGUUACAUCACCCACGAGAGUGACGACGCCAGGUGGGAGGAGUACGCCGACGAGAGAGGCCUGCACUACCCCAAACACUUCAUCAUGUCCCCGAACCUGGACGACAUGGACGAGGACCCCUAGAGGCGGUCGCCAUGGAGACGACCCGCCCGGUUUCAUUCCAUUUCCUGCUGUUUUUGUUUUGUUAGUUUUUUUUCUAUAAGCCAUAAAAACUGACUGAUGUCUUCACUGCCAGAAACGAAUCCAGGGAGUAUUUUUGUAACGUGAAGAGCGACGUUUACGGAAAAAAACACAGAGUUGCGGUCGUUUUUUAUUCAUUGGGAUGUUUUUGCACUAUCAGGAAACUCUGGAGGAGGAUUUAUCUGUUCGUUCAUCUGCAAAAAUCAACAUUUGGGCAGGUUUUAGUCAGAACACGUGGCUCUGUGGACAAGAUUUGUUCGACCAAACUGACUGUUUACAUGAAAAACAAAUAAAUAGUUCCCGUUUAUUUCCACCUAGGUAGAAUUUAACAACACAGUUCAGCUGAAAUCUAACAAAUCAAAUGUUCUUCUUCACUUCUGCAGAUGAAAAAUCGCAUUCGGUGAUUUUCUCUGGACCUCGAUGAGCUGCUAUUGUCUGUUUUUUUUUCUGUCUGUCUUUUAAACUGAACUGAUCUGAAACCAGCCUGAGAAUUUAUUAAUCCACCUUUUAUAUUUUUUCUAGAAACACUGUCAUGUGAUGAGAUUUCCUGGGAAAUAUUAGAGCUGAAUUAAAGCUGACUCUUUGACUUAA